AUGCGCGCUAGGUUGAAGCGAUUCGAUCAUGAGUCGGCGGAGUCGGCGAGGCCGAGCAGGAUGGCUUCAACGAUACCGACCCCUCCGGCGGCGGUGAAGGGGAUUGGGAGUAAGAUCGGCAAGCCGGACUAUUCAGAGUCGAAGAUCGUGGUGGCGAUGGUCGGCUUGCCAGCUCGCGGGAAGUCCUAUCUCAGUCGGAAGUUGAUGAUCUACCUCAAAUGGCUAGAGUACGAUGUGAAGAUCUUCAACGUGGGGCAGCUUCGGCGCACCCGAGCGAGGGAAAAGGCCCGCAUGCUCGGAAUCAAGGAAGACCACACCGCUUCCUACUUCAGCCACGACAACCCCCAGGCGACGAUGCUGCGCGAGGCCCUCGCCUCCGACUCUCUCGAGAUGCUCAUCCAAUUCCUCAAGGACGGUGGCAACGUCGGCAUCCACGACGCCACGAACAGCACCGCGAGUCGCCGCGCGAAGAUCGAGCAGCGCGUGCGGCAGGAGAAGGGCUUCCAGGUGCUCUUUCUCGAGUCCUUCUGCGACGACCCCGCGAUCAUCGCCGCGAACGUCGCGCUCAAGGUGCAGUCCGGGGACCCCGACUACGCGUCGUACGACCCCGAGGCGGCGAAGGCGGACUUCCUCCGGCGCAUCAGCGAGUAUGAGAAGGUGUACGAGACGAUCACGGAGCCGCACCUCUCGUACAUCCGCAUCAAAAAUGUGGGCGACGAGGCGACGCUCAGCCGCAUGAAUGGCUACCUCUCCUCGCGCAUCGCGUUCUACCUGAUGAAUCUGCACCUGAAGCCGCGGAGCGUGUUCUUCUCGAGGCACGGGGAGAGCGUGUAUAAUGUGGAGGGGAAGAUUGGUGGGGAUAGCCCGCUGAGCGAGCGGGGUAUGAAGUAUGCAUCGGCGCUCCCUGAGCUCAUUCGCAAGAACAUUGGGGACCAGCCGCUCACAGUGUGGACGUCAACGCUGCGGCGGACAAUCCAAACAGCGCAGAACCUGCCGUACCCGAAAUUGACAUGGAAGUCCUUGGACGAGCUCGAUGCAGGCGUGUGUGAUGGGAUGACCUAUGAAGAAAUCGAGGUCGCAUAUCCAGAUGACUUUGCCAACCGAGACGAGGACAAGUUCAACUACCGGUAUCGUGGCGGCGAGUCGUACCGUGAUGUCGUCGUUCGGCUAGAACCCGUCAUCAUGGAACUCGAGCGGCAAGACAAUAUCUUGAUCAUCGGUCACCAAGCGAUUCUGCGGUGCUUAUACGCCUACUAUCACAACCUACCACAGGAGGACCUGCCGUACAUCAAGAUCCCCUUGCAUACAGUCAUCAAGCUUACACCAAAAGCCUAUGGAUGUGAGGAGGAACGCUACGCCCUCCCCAUCGAAGCUGUCGACACCCAUCGCCCGAAGCCGAAGACGGCACACUCGAGCUUGAAUCCGUCGAUGGUGUCGAGUCCAUUGCGCAACCCACCUGCAAGGCAAUAUUUCACAGACCCGGAGGAUGGGACGCAGAAGCCAAUCAACGAUACGUCGACGCCGAAGGCUUAG